AUGGGCAAGGAUGGUUUGAGCGACGAUCAGGUCUCUUCGAUGAAAGAAGCUUUCACGCUCUUCGACACCGCCGGCGACGGUAAAAUCGCACCGUCGGAGCUCGGAAUCCUAAUGCGAUCACUCGGCGGAAAUCCCACAGAAGCACAGCUCAAAUCAAUCAUCGCAACUGAGAAUCUCUCUUCUCCUUUCGAUUUCAAUCGAUUCCUCGAUCUCAUGGCAAAACAUUUGAAAACGGAGCCGUUCGAUCGCCAGCUUCGUGAUGCCUUCAAGGUGCUCGACAAGGAAGGCUCUGGAUUCGUCGCUGCUGCGGAUCUGAGGCAUAUACUCACAAGUAUCGGCGAGAAACUUGAGCCGAGCGAAUUCGAUGAGUGGAUCCGUGAAGUUGAUGUUGGAUCUGACGGGAAGAUCCGGUACGAAGAUUUCAUCGCUAGAAUGGUCGCAAAGUGA